UGAGCUUCCUUGGCGCCAUUUCCAAGGGGGAUUUUCCGGCUGCUCCAAGGAGAGGAUCCAUGGGGAGCUCGGGAUGCUUUUCCCAUGGGAUUUUCCCGCUCCUCCUGUGCUGCUUCCUCACCUUCCGGGCGGCCGGCGGCCAGCGCGGGAGCCACGCGGAGGAUCGGCUCUUCAAGCGCCUUUUUUCGGAUACAACCGCUGGUCCCGGCCCGUUCCCAACACUUCCGACGUGGUCAUCGUCCGCUUCGGCCUCUCCAUCGCCCAGCUCAUCGACGUGGAUGAGAAGAACCAAAUGAUGACCACCAACGUCUGGCUGAAGCAGGAAUGGAGUGACUACAAACUGCGCUGGGCCGGCGAGUACGACAACGUCACGUCCAUCCGGGUGCCCUCCGAAAUGAUCUGGAUCCCGGAUAUCGUCCUGUACAACAACGCCGACGGGGAGUUCGCGGUGACCCACAUGACCAAGGCCCACCUGUUCUGGGACGGGACGGUCAAGUGGGUGCCACCGGCCAUCUACAAGAGCUCCUGCAGCAUCGACGUCACCUUCUUCCCCUUCGACCAGCAGAACUGCAAGAUGAAGUUCGGCUCCUGGACCUACGACAAGGCCAAGAUCGACCUGGAGAACAUGGACCACCACGUGGACCUCAAGGACUACUGGGAGAGCGGCGAGUGGGCCAUCAUCAACGCCAUCGGCACCUACAAUUCCAAGAAAUACGACUGCUGCACGGAGAUCUACCCCGACAUCACCUUCUACUUCGUCAUCCGGCGCCUGCCGCUCUUCUACACCAUCAACCUCAUCAUUCCGUGUCUCCUCAUCUCCUGCCUCACCGUCCUGGUCUUCUACCUGCCCUCGGAUUGCGGCGAGAAGAUCACGCUCUGCAUCUCCGUGCUGCUGUCCCUCACCGUCUUCCUGCUGCUCAUCACCGAGAUCAUCCCGUCCACCUCGCUGGUCAUCCCGCUGAUCGGGGAGUACCUGCUCUUCACCAUGAUCUUCGUCACCCUCUCCAUCAUCAUCACCGUCUUCGUGCUCAACGUCCACCACCGCUCGCCCAGCACCCACACCAUGCCGCGCUGGGUCCGGAGUUUUUUCCUGGAUUUUAUCCCGCGCUGGCUCUUCAUGAAGAGGCCGCCGGCGCUGCUGCCCCCCGAGGAAACGGGGGGACAAUACGACCUCCCGGGGACGCGGCUCAGCACGUCCCGGUGUUGGCUGGAGACCGACGUGGAUGACAAGUGGGAAGAGGAGGAGGAGGAGGAAGAGGAAGAGGAGGAGGAGGAGGAAGAGGAGAAGACCUAUCCGAGCCAUCCCGGCCAUUCCGUGGAAUCCCACACCCAGGAAACCCAGUUCCGCUACGGCCAAGCUGGGAGGGCACCCGGGGGCUCGGCAUCCCGGGGAUUAUCCAAGGGGAAGGAGGAGGAGAAGGAGGAGGAGGAGGAGGAGGAGGAGGAAGGCUCGGAGCAGGGCUUGGCGCUGUCUCCCAGGAUUCUGAAGGCCCUGGAAGGGGUGCAGUACAUCGCGGAUCAUCUACGGGCCGAGGACGCCGACUUUUCCGUGAAGGAAGACUGGAAGUACGUGGCCAUGGUGAUCGACCGGAUCUUCCUCUGGAUGUUCAUCAUCGUCUGCCUGCUCGGCACCGUGGGGCUCUUCCUGCCGCCCUACAUGGCCGGGAUGAUCUAGGAUGGGGCCGGGAAUGGUGGGAAUGGUGGGAAUGGUGGUGACCGCAUCCCGCUGGACGCUGGGGGGACGUGGAGCUGGGGAAAACCUCGGAUGGGAAUGGAGGGUGGAGAAAGGGAUGUGGUAAGGGGUGGUCUGGGGGUGGUGGUGACCACCUGGAUGGGCCCAUGGAUGAUGUGGGAUAUGGGCAUGAUCCUGUAAUCCCAUGAUCCCAUAAUCCCAUGAUCCCAGGAGGUUGUGGGACAGGGAUAAUGCUUUGGAUUGUCCAUGCAGAAGGGAUGCAGACACGAUCCCAUAAUCCCACACUCCCACAAUCCCAGGAAGUUGUGGGACAGGGAUAACACCGUGGAUGGUCCAUGCAGAAGGGACACAGACAUGAUCCCAUCAUCCCACAAUCCCAGGAAGUUGUGGGAUAGGGAUAACGCUUUGGAUUGUCCAUGCAGAAGGGACACAGACAUGAUCCCACAAUCCCGUGAUCUCAUAAUCCCAGUAACCCAUCAUCCCAUGAUCCCAGGAGAUUGUGGGACAGGGAUAACGCUUUGGAUUGUCCAUGCAGAAGGGACACAGACAUGAUCCCAUCAUCCUGUGAACCCAUGAUCCCAGUAUCCCAUCAUCCCAUGAUCCCAGGAGAUUGUGGGACAGGGAUAACGCUUUAGAUUGUCCAUGCAGAAGGGACACAGACAUGAUCCCAUGAUCCCACAAUCCCAUGAUCCCAGGAAGUUGUGGGACAGGGAUAACACUAUGGAUUGUCCAUGCAGAAGGGACACGGACAUGAUCCCAUCAUCCUGUGAUCCCAUAAUCCCAUGAUCCCAUAAUCC